AUAUGACUACUGACGUAUAUUGUCAUCUUUGGUGGACAAAUGUUAGUGUUGUUGCUUACUUCGCCGCAUAAUAGUGACUGUGUGAAAGUGCAAAAUGUCCACAGAUAAGCCAACUGUACCAGAAGAACAACCAUUAAAACAAAAUGAAGAAAAAAAGGAAACAAAACAAGAGAAUUCGAAAUUUCAAUUCGAGAAGAAGAGUUUUGCCGAAAAACUGUUGUACAUAAAGUCCAACAUAACUGUUGAACCUAUACUGGCAGGCCUUGUUAUCCCGUCUAUGCUGUCGAGAUUGGCAAUACAAAAUUUAAACUUGGAAAAGGCUUGCCGCAUCCGACUUGGACAUGAUCAAUACACAUGUGAUGCUCUUAUUAGGAAAGACGGGAACGCCACGUUUAACUCAACGAGUAGUUUCACAAAUUACGAGGCCGAAGUUCAGAAAGUGAUUUCUUCUAUUGAAGCAUGGAAAAGUGUCGUACAAACAGCUUUACCUACUCUUCUAGUCAUAUUCAUGGGAGCCUGGAGCGAUAGGACAGGCAAUAGGAAAUUCUGCAUCUUACUACCAAUUAUUGGAGAACUUCUCGUCUGCAUAAGCAAUAUCAUUAGCACUAUAUUCUUCGAUGAAAUUCCAGUAGAGGUCACCAUGUUUUUUGAAGGAUUCUUCCCGGCAAUUACUGGAGGUUGGGUCUUGAUGUACCUUGGAGUUUUUAGCUAUAUCAGUGACGUAACAAGUCCUGAAGCUAGGACUUUCCGAGUCGGUCUUGUCAACUUAUGUAUGACCGCUGGUAUCCCCAUAGGUACAGCUUUAAGCGGAAUUUUACUAAAACUCUGGGGUUACUAUGGAAUUUUUACAAUAUCAGGACUUAUUUACGUCUUAAAUCUCAUCUACGGUCUCGUUUACUUAAAAAGCAGGACGAAGAAAGGCGACAAAGAGAACGAAAAGAAAAAUGCUUUGACGUUGAAAGAAUUGGGAUCCUUGGUGAAGGAGACUGCAGCGUUUGCUUUUAAAAAACGUGAAGGAAACAUGAGACAGAAAGUUAUUAUUACUCUUCUGAUAGUGGCAAUUGUUUACGGGCCAGGUCACGGCGAAAGGAUAGUGUUUUAUAUGUACUUGAGGUACAAACUUAAGUGGAAUGCUGUGAAAUUCAGCAUGUAUUCAACUUACAGCGUCAUUACACAUUCAUUGGGAGCUUUAUUUUCAAUUAGCGUGUUCAGCAAACGGUGGGGUUUCCACGACUCGGCGCUGUGCCUCAUAUCCAUCAUCAGUAAACUGGUUGGCUCCAUCUACAUCGUGUUUGUCACCACUGACUUCCAAAUGUUCAUGUUGCCGAUAAUAGAAAUACUAAACGCCACUACAUGGACGUCACUACGAUCCAUGGCUUCGAAAUUAGUUCCUAGCGAAGAACUAGGCAAAAUGAACUCUUUAUUCAGCCUAGUGGAGACCUUAGCCGCGCUGGUGUUCGACCCUAUGUACUCCGGGAUAUAUCGCCUGUCGAUAGACGUAUUCAGUGGCGCUGUGUUCAUAUUCAGUGCCGGGAUGCUGUUGCCAGCUAUAACAUUGUUACUUUGGGUAUUCGUACAACAUCGGAGAGAGACACGGCAGAGACGGACUAAGGCGAAGGAAGAACGAAGCGAGAUUGAAAAAGCUGAAACUGAAGUUAUCAUGACUGAUGUUAAGCGAUGUUCUAUCGAUGUAAUACAGGCUUUAGAAUAAAUAUAUUUUUUAAAGAUUCAA